AUGGAUAUAUUUAAACAACUUCACAUAAAUAUUCCAUUUUCCGAAACAUUGGAGCAAAUUCCCAAGUAUGCAAAAUUGAUGAAGAAAAUGCUCACAAAGAAAAAGAAGUACACAGAUGAAGAGACAAUUGUGUUUGAUGCUCAUUGUAGGGCAAUUAUUCAAAAAACUCCCCCAAGAAAGGAAGCUGAUCCGGGACGAGUCAUUUUACCCAUCACCAUUGGAGGUAACUACAUUAGUAAUGGUUUGGUUGAUUUGGGGUGUAGCAUCAAUUUAAUACCUUUAUCCGUUGUCAAGAGAUUGGGGAACAUUGAGAUGAAACACACUAGGAUAACUUUGCAACUAGCCGAUAAGUCAAUCAUUUCACCAUAUGGAGUUGUACAAGACAUGCUAGUAAAGGUGGACAAAUUUUUGUUCCCAGUUGAUUUUGUGGUAGUCGACAUGGAGGAGGAUUGUGAUGUGUCAUUAAUACUUGGAAGACCAUUCAUGAAGACCACUCGAAUGAUGAUUGAUAUCGAUGAUGGGAUUAUGAAAGUGAGGGUGCAAGAUAAAGAGGUAAUUUUUACUCUUUUUGAGUCUACGAAGCCUCCUAAGGAUGAACAUGACAACUUCCAAAUCGAUGAUGAAAAAGGAUAA